UCCUAUCCAGGGUGCACAGCAGCUCUGUCCUGUCCUCCUCCAUAACCCUGACCAGCAUAACCAGGUGGUAGAUGUAUAGAUGUGAUCUUGUACUGGACAAGCUAUAUGGAAGAUGGAUAGAUGGAUGGAAAUUCCGAAAUCUAUUGCAGUCUCUUAAUGCAUCUUAAAAUCUCCAUUAGAUGCUCUGAGAAGCCUUUUCAUCGUUGAAAGACUCACGUUGUCCAGUUGAUGAGGUUUUUGUCUUUCAAUGAGCCUGCGUAACAGAUGAUGGCUAAAUUCACCUGUACUCUAAGGCUGGAAUCUCACCUUCAGAGAGGUGGUUCACAGAGAUGCUGACUGGCGGGUUUGCAAAGGGCGGGAACAAGAGAUCCAGAGAUGGGGAAGACUGAGAGCUGGAGGAAAUAGAGGAGGUGUUGGAAGAGCAUGCAGGGAACAUUAAGCAGCCCCAGAAAAAGUCAGGGAUGGACAAGGAAAGGCUUCAGAAAAGCCUGUCACAGAACAAAGACACGGAGGCAAAGACGGGAUCAAAAGCGCACUGACUGGGGCAAGCAGAGGGACGGGUGCCGGAGCUGUAUGUGGGGUGGGGGUAUGUAGAUGACCAGGGUGACGAGGACAGAACAGCGGGGCAUUGUGAGGGAAUGCCAGGCACUGGUGUCCGCGCUUGGGCACGCACACACGCUCCGACAGCAGCUCGCCGCAGCGCCACACUGGGACCCAUUCUUACCGGAACUUUCCCUGGCCAACAUCAGGACAAGGUUCUUAGGCACCUGACGACUCGUGGGAAGCCAUCCCCAGGCUAUCUUUGGAGACUCUCCCCAGGAGUUGUGGAAGACGUGCCAGAACCUCUCUGCAGGUGUGAGUGUUGAGGAAGAAGAGGAAGCAGAGGAUCUUGGGAGCCGAAAUCACCAUUGUGCAAAUUCUACUCCUGUCCUUCCUGGGCUGCCCACCUGCCCACGAGUGAGAGAGCGCGCGCGAGAGAGAGGUGGUGAGACCCACGACCAGAACCGCUUGACCCAAUGGCGUCCACGGGCCUGCAGCUGCUCGGCCUCAUCAUGUCCCUGCUGGGCUGGGUGGGCGGAGCCCUGGCCUGCACUGCCCCCUUGUGGCGGGUCACAGCCUUCAUCGGCAACAACAUCGUGGUGGCGCAGAUCAUCUGGGAGGGCCUGUGGAUGACGUGCAUCGUGCAGAGCACGGGCCAGAUCCAGUGCAAGGUGUACGACAGCAUGCUGGCGCUGCCCAGUGACAUGCAGGCGGCCCGCGGCCUCACCGUUCUCUCCAUCUUGCUGUGUGGCGUGGCGCUCGGCCUGGCCGUCCUGGGAGUCAAGUGCACCAAGUGCCUGGGCCGGCAGCACACCAAGGCCCGCAUCAGCCGCGUCUCCGGAGCCCUCUUCGGCCUGGCCGGCUUCCUCUACCUGGUCCCGGUCUGCUGGACGGCGCACUCCAUCAUCCGCGACUUCUAUGACCAGCACGUGGCGGCGCCCCACAAGCGCGAGCUGGGCCCCGCCCUCUAUCUCGGCUGGGGGGCUUCGGGGCUCCUGUUGAUCGGCGGGGCCCUGCUUUACAGCGGCUCCAGCCCGCCGGGGGUGCCGUCCUCGCCCACGUUCAGCAGCGAGGAUGAGUCCUCUCGCAGGCCAGCAGGGGGCACCACCCAGGUUAAGGGGUACGUCUAAACGACGCCGGAAGAGCUCUUCAGACUCCGCUGGCACCUGGGACCCAGAAUCCACUUCCUGUUUGCUCACCCUACUCUCUUCCUCUUCCUCUUAAUACCCAUUUUACUUUUACUGCGUGGUAUUAGCUGUGGUUGAACUGUGGAUGUGGAAAAAAACAAUGUGAAAUCAUUUUGUUGCUCCACCUCUCGUUUCAUAACCCGUGUGUGUGUUUGUGUCUGUAUAAAACAAUAAAGCCUUCCAUCUUCACAUCUUUUA